GUCUAAUUACAAACACAAUAAUGGAAAAGGACUUCAGGGAAGGGGAGAAAAAGAAGCAAAUUAAGUACAGAGGAGUAAGAAACCGGCCAUGGGGGAAGUUCGCGGCAGAGAUUCGAGACUCGAAUAGGCACGGUGCUCGAGUGUGGCUUGGGACAUUUAACACUGGAGAGGAGGCUGCAAGAGCUUAUGAUCGUGCAGCUUUUGCAAUGAGAGGUACUUCGGCUGUUCUCAACUUUCCAAAUGAGUACAACAUGGCUAAUUCUCCUAAUCCUACCAAGUCCUGUUCAUCAUCAUCUUCUUCAAUGAUUGAAACAGAGCAUGUUGGUAAACAAGUUUUCGAAUUUGAGUGUUUGGAUGACAAGUUGCUAGAGGAACUCCUCAACUUUGAUGACAAUACAUACCAACAGCAAAAAAAUUCAUAAGUAGGAAUUGAACUGAGCCAUUUCGUUACAGAAUUGCGGAUUGAUGCAGUCGCAAUUGCACUCACUAUGAAGACUUCAAACCUCUUUAUAUUGUGACAGCAAUUGCGAUUACGGACUGCAAUUUAGAAACUUGAGUAGGAAUCACUUUCUCUUUUUCGCCCAAAACUAUGUAUGGUUAACUAGGAAUGAUAUGUGACAUGGUACAUAUUCAACUUUUUUAUGUAGUGCACUAGUGCUUGUGUUC